GGGAGGUUUGAAUAUCUUGUAUUCAUGAAAAUACAGACCCACCCAGAAAUAAGAAACUGCUGUGAAACAAUUAAAUUUGCAAUAUUUUGUAAAAUAAUUAAAUUUUAAAAGUUUUUCUGUAAUUGGAGAAAGAAGUUGGGAAGCAGGGGUGGAAUUAGAGUCAAAGGGGAACGAUUUGUGGUCAAAUAUUUGCAAGAAAGUUGGUCCCCAUCACCACCCACCCAUUCACGCACUUUUGGCAUCAUGGCAGUCUGCGGUCCUAAAUUAUCCCUCUGCUGUCUCCUUCUCAGCGUUUGGGGGGUUAUCCAGCUCGGUUUGAUGGGCAUAUUUUUCUACGUUAAGAGCGUCGCCCUCGUCGAAGAUCUCGAGCUGGGCGAAUACGGUCCACAUGAAUAUCAACAAUUCUACGCCGACGUGGAUCAAGCUUAUUCCCAGAGCGCGUACAACUGCUGGAUCGCGGCUUGUCUUUACAUUGGCACCUUCCUCUUCUCCGCGCAGCAAUUUUAUUCCAAUAAUAAGAGCAGCUCGUCCCCCACGGCGUUCUAAUUAGAAGGAGAAUGAUCUGAUCUAAAAAUAUAAAAAUUUCCUGAUUUCUUUCCGAGAAUUUCGGAAAAUGAAAUUAUGUAUCAAGUCAAUUUUUUUUGCGUUCCGAUAUAUUUCUUGCAUUCCAAUAUAAGAUUAUUUCCAUACGUAUGUAUAAUCGUCUCGGGUAAAAUCAAUUGUACUUGUAAUUUCGAAAAGUAGUUAGUGGGCAGGGCACGUAGAAUAGAUAAUGCAAGAUGUCGAUAAAUGUAUGUACAGUAGUCAAUUCAGUCAUUAAAUUUAAAUAAAUAAAUGUUGAAUCAAGAUUGUUGAUGUAUACUAAUUAGCAA